ACUCGCACUUGCGUGGUCUGCGCAGUCGAACGGUUCAAUGACUUUGGCGACCAGUUUCUAUUUUCUCUCUGGUCCUGUCGUCAGGUCGACACGCAAGGAAGGGGGUCUUUGUUUGCGUUUCACGUUCGCGUCGCACGGUAUCAUCACUGACGGCUCCAUCACAUUGUGUCCGAGACGGAAUGUGCCCGCAUAAGUGGAAGCGUGGUUCUCGCUCCUAUCGGUUUAUGUGAAAUGUGUUGUAGUGCUCCAGGGUGGCGCCGUCUAACAGUGCAAGUGCAGUGAGGUGCAGUGGUGUGUACGAGCGAGCGUGGGUCGGAACGGCCACGGCGAGCGAAGUGCGCGGAGGUGGCGGCGGCCGUUCGGCCAUGACCGGUGAUAUGCCUCUAGGGAGCGCGCACGCGUUUGGGCGCGCGUUGCUCCGGGACGGGGCUCUGCCACCGCUGGAGCCGGGCCCGCCCGCUCCGCCCGCGGCCAAUGCGCAGCCGCCCGACAAGCGACCGCCGGCCGCCGCCGCCAGCCCCGAGCAGGUCAUGAAGCUCUACAUGAACAAACUCACCCCCUACGAGCACAGAGAGAUAUUCGAUUACCCCCAAGUGUACUUCAUAGGCGCGAACGCGAAGAAGCGACCGGGCCUCGUAGGCUUCCCCAACAAUUGCCAGUACGACAACGAGCAAGGUUCCUACAUCCACAUACCGCACGACCACAUAGCGUAUCGAUAUGAGGUGCUGAAGGUGAUAGGCAAAGGGAGCUUCGGACAAGUCGUCAAGGCGUACGACCACAAGAAACGCGAGAACGUCGCGCUCAAAAUGGUCAGAAACGAGAAGCGUUUCCACAGACAGGCUCAGGAGGAGAUUCGCAUCCUGGAGCACCUCCGCGAGCAAGACAAAGAUAAUACGAUGAACGUCAUACACAUGUUCGAUUCGUUUACGUUCAGAAAUCACACGUGCAUCACGUUCGAGCUCCUCUCGAUAAACCUGUACGAGUUGAUAAAGAAGAACAAGUUCCAAGGGUUCUCUUUGCAGCUCGUUCGCAAGUUCUCUCACAGUCUGUUGCAAUGUUUGCACGCGCUGAACAAGAACAGAAUUAUACACUGCGACAUGAAGCCGGAAAAUGUGCUGCUGAAGCAACACGGACGCUCUGGAAUUAAGGUGAUAGACUUCGGCAGCUCGUGCUACGAGCACCAGCGCGUGUACACGUACAUACAGUCGCGGUUCUACCGCGCACCCGAGGUGAUGAUGGGCGCCAAGUACGGCAUGCCCAUUGACAUGUGGUCCCUCGGCUGCAUACUGGCGGAGCUGCUUACAGGGUUCCCACUCCUACCAGGAGAAGAUGAAGCGGACCAGAUGGCGUGCAUCAUCGAGCUGCUGGGCAUGCCGCCGCAGAGGCUGAUCGAGCAGGGCAAGCGGUCGAAGAACUUCAUCAGCAGUAAGGGCCUGCCGCGGUACUGCACCGCCACCACACUGCCUGAUGGAACCACGGUGCUAAGUGGAGGAAUGUCAAGGAGAGGCAAGCCGCGAGGCCUGCCGGGCUCUAAGAGCUUCGUCACAGCUCUGAAGGGCUGCCAGGAUAAAUACUUCAUCGAUUUUAUUAGGAGAUGCCUCGAGUGGGAGCCGGAGAAGCGGCUGACGCCCGCGCAGGCGCUGCGGCACGCGUGGCUGCGCCGCCGGCUGCCGCGGCCGCCGCACGACGACGAGCCGAACCACUCGAGUAGCGGUAGCGGCGCGGGCGCGGGCGCGGGGGGCGCGCGC